GUCGUGUGUCACAGAUCACGUGUCAGUGUUUGUAGCCGUUACUGUGUGUCCCGGCGUCAGUUUGAUCAUAGAUUCUCGAAAUGGAUACAGAUUAUACAGAGCAAACAUCGCCAUAGAGAGAUGUGGAGAGGCGACGUCUCGGCGUUAAUCUGUCUGAACGGGGUUAAAUUGACAAGCGGACUGCUAACACAACAGUGACCGGCUGUCUGUGACUCUGCACAGCGAGUUCCUGCUCUUCAGUGCCGAGCCCCGCUACAGCGAGGAUGUUCCCCAGCCUGGCCCACAGACCAUGGCAUGUCUUCUGCAGGGUGUCUUUGCAGCGCAGAGCGUCCCUAUCACAACGGUCCCCGAGGUUCCCCCAGCUGUGCUACGGUUGGCAGAGUGGAAGCAUACAUAGCCUGUGGUUCAGCCUUCCAGACUGCAGAAUUGCUUCUCUAGGACUGGGCAAGGUGCAGUACUACUCUACCUCUGACAACAGUAAAGAUGAUCCUCCAAAACCAGCAUCAAGUGGUGCUCCAUCAACAGAAAAGAUUUUGUCCGGUGCUGCAAAAGCCAUCCCAUCCUCAUUAGGAUUCACAUCUCAGGGGCUGACUAAAGCUGAGACAAUUCAAGUGAAAGUUCGGGCAGUCCUGAAAAAAAGGGAAUAUGGAUCCAAGUACACCCAGAACAACUUUAUCACUGCAGUCAGAGCCAUGAAUGAGUUCUGCCUCAAACCAAGUGAUCUUGAGCAACUUCGGAAGAUCAGAAGACGCAGUCCCCACGACGACACAGAGGCUUUCACCGUGUUCUUGCGGUCAGACGUCGAGGCCAAAGCACUUGACGUGUGGGGAAGCCAUGAAGCUCUAGCCCGCGAGAGAAAACUCAGGAAAGAGGUGGAGCAAGAGUACCAAGAGAAUAUUUUUCGGAAUCAACAGUUGUUGAAAGAAUACAAAGACUUCUGGGGAAACACGAAGCCUCGAUCAGGCAAGAGGACAACAUUUCUACAAGGGCCAGGGAAAGUGGUCCUGGUUGCAAUUUGCAUCAAUGGGCUGAAUUUCUUCUUCAAGCUCCUGGCUUGGGUCUACACUGGAUCAGCUAGCAUGUUCUCUGAGGCCAUCCACUCUCUGGCCGACACCUGCAACCAGGGUCUGCUCGCCCUGGGAAUCAGCCAGUCUGUCCGCAACCCAGAUGCUGGGCACCCGUAUGGAUUCUCCAACAUGCGCUACAUCGCCUCCCUCAUCAGUGGGGUGGGCAUUUUUAUGAUGGGAGCAGGCCUCUCGUGGUACCACGGUAUCAUGGGAUUGCUGCACCCAGAACCCAUUGAGUCGUUGUUAUGGGCUUACUGUAUUUUGGCAGGCUCUCUGGUGUCUGAAGGAGCCACGUUACUGGUUGCCAUCAAUGAGAUUAAGAGGAGCGCCCACCAGAAUGGGCUGUCUUUUUAUGAAUAUGUAAUGCAGAGUCGAGACCCCAGUACUAACGUAGUGCUGCUGGAGGACACUGCUGCUGUGUUAGGAGUCAUCUUGGCUGCAGGCUGCAUGGGGCUCACCUCACUCACAGGUAACCCUUACUAUGACAGUUUGGGCUCUCUUGGCGUGGGCACACUGCUGGGCGCCGUCUCAGCCUUCCUCAUCUACACUAACACAGAGGCCCUGCUGGGACGCUCCAUACAGGCUGAACGUGUACAGAAGCUUACAGAGUUCCUGGAGAACGACCCCGCUGUAAGGGCCAUCCACGACGUGAAGGCCACUGAUAUGGGACUGAGUAAAGUGCGCUUCAAGGCUGAGGUUGACUUUGAUGGCCGAGUAGUGACACGGUCGUAUCUGGAAAAACAAGACAUUGACCAAAUCCUUAAUGACAUCCAGCAGGUGAAGACCCCUGAGGAGCUGGAGAACUUCAUGCUGAAGCACGGGGAGAACAUCAUUGACACCCUGGGAGCUGAAGUGGACCGUUUGGAGAAAGAACUCAAGCAACGUAACCCAGAGGUCCGUCAUGUAGACCUGGAGAUACUAUAAUACUUUCUGGUGUCUGCUGAGGGAACAUCCUGCUGUGUCGAGAAGAAAAAGGAAGGAGGAUCGAGUCCACGUCCUCAUCCACUGCCUCCCAUUCUGACCACCUCAAAACAAGCAUCCAUCUCUGCACAAGUCAUCAAGUCUUACUGUAGAAUUAGUCCCAAACCGUACACAAGGACGAUGAUCGAGCUUUCUCUGGCGUCGCUUGGACUUCAGUCAGUCAGUUCAGAGUUCAACCUGCCAGAGAUCCACUUACACGUUCAGGUGUGAGUGUUUUUGGCUAAAGACUGAGGACUGUCAUUAGUCUCCUUCAACUUAAAGAGAUAUUUCAAGUCUGUGUCGCAGCUCGCACGGAUUAUGACAGUUUACCCUCCUGGUUUUUUGCUUGAACUCACAUUCCUCCGUGAAUGUGUCUGGAUUUGGUUGAAAUCAUGUCUUCUUCCAAAAAAAAAAAGAAAAGAAAAAAAAAACACAAAGAGGACCAGUAUCACUUCACUAGACUUGUACUUUAAUGUUAUGCCUGAACCACAGUGAUAGUGUUUCCUUCAUUAGCACAAAGGAAACCUAAGAGCUACAUAUUCAAACUAGACUUAUUUAAUUGUUAGGCAAUAUUAGUUUGUUUUUUUUUUUUUCUUUUAAAGUAAAAACUGAGGAGUUGAAGAUGCUGCUGCAGGUACUCUAAUGAAGACACAAUUUGUGAUGAAUAGAUUUUAUUGCUAUUACAGAAAAAUAUGCAAAGUAAAAGGUGUUGUUCAGACUUUUCAUUGGAUUUGUUUGAUAGAGUUCAGGAUUGAACAGAUGUUUAAUACAGUAGCACUUAAUGAGCAUCAGCUUAUGCAACAAAAAUUAAACAUAUUAGAAAACAGGGUGUCAUAUCCCUGUGAUACUACAAAGACAAGUUGAAAGUCUAACUAACAAAUCUAUUACUUAAGCAGUUAUUGGACGUCAUAAUCUUUGCACAGGGUCAAAUGGUAAGUGUGAUAUGAUACCAUAGGUAGUGGCAUCUAUUUUAUCUCAUGUCUCUCUCUCUGCCAGCUCCACGCUCCAAACUUUCUCCACAUUUGAAGGUUUCAUUACUUUAUCUUGUGAGGUUGGCAGCUAAUCAGCAGAUGACUGAUUUGAUUGUAUUCCAAAGAUGAAGUGCUGGAGGACGCCCAUUCAGAUCCGCUCAGUGUAAAUAAGAGGUCUGUGAUGGAAAAGGCCCCCCGGCAUCAAAGAGGUUUUAAUCAAAUGUCAACAUUAUUUUAACCACCGGAGACGUCACCCCUUGCAGUACGUGUUACCGAAAAUGCCAAGUAAAUAAUCUCCUGCUCUGUGUUUCUGCUGAAUAAUGUGUUCAAAAAACAUAAUCCUGGUUGUGCUUUUUGUUCUCAGUCUGAAUCUAUACUGUCAGCACACAGUCACAGCUGCAGCAUGAGACACACCUGCCUGCUAAACACUUUGCAUUUUGCUUCAGGAGGUGGGGCUGGAGUCAUUUCAUCUUUAUUGGGAGGGUGGAUAUAUAUUUUUGAAGGUGUUUAAUAAUGUAAUAUUUACCUUUGGCUAUAACAUUGCCACUGCUGAAGGAGUUGGAAUAAAUCUGAAAUAAUUUAUUAAAUUAUUUUUGCUUUC